GGACGCCGCCGUGCAGUCUACAAAUAGUGAGCGAUAUGGCCACGAGGACCUUAGUUAUGAACAGUUACCGGCCGAAGCCGAACGUUCAGUUUCAAUUUAAAAGUUAUUAACAAAAAAAAUUUUAAAAUAAAGAAGCGGCUGACUCAGCUAGACCAGACCAAACAAAACAACCAUCAACAAGAAGACGAAACACUCCAGAUCAUUUAGAUUCGCCCAUUCAAGUUUUUCAAAUUUUAACGAAGAAUUUUCGCCCGAAAGAGAAAUGAGUCUAAAAAUAUUUGUGUUGUGGUUUUUUUUAAAAAUCCUCUUUUUUUCCUCGACGACGAGUUGCUGGCCGGUCACGGAAACGAAAAUAACCUCAGUUGUUGGCAGCAGGAGGGACGACAUCGAAAGGGAUUCGAUGACCCGCGAUGAUGGAGUUGGUAAAAAUGAGGUAGACGUAAACAAACCGCCCACUGAAGAUCAAUCAGCACCAAUAACACGAGAUUUUGAGAGUUAUUUCAUGAUGGGGGAUCAACCGAUGAAUGAUGAUGGGUUUAAAACGAUUAGUGUGGCUCCUUUGGAUGAUGAUGGGGCUUCAAAAGUGGUUGUUAAAAAUUUCGGGGAUUCAUCAACGAUUGACCCGAUUCUUUUGAAAAGGAUUAGAACGGGCGAAGAGGGCGCAACCACUCUCCUGGAUUACGAUAGCGAUAGAAUGAACAGGAUAACAGACAUCAAAGUGAUGGUCCCCAUCAUGACGGGAAGAGUGAACCUCACCGAAACAUCCAACAAAAACAACUCAUCGAAAACCUACGACGACAUAAUCAACAGCUUACCCCCCAUCGAAAAAGUGAUCCCGUUUCUCCCAAAAUGCUCCGCGCCAAAAAUCGCCAAAGAUAACUGGAAAGACGAUAAUUUAUUGUACUUAUUCUUUAACGUGAGUUACGGUGUAAACGCAACUUUAGCAAGCGCCGUCAUAAAAUUGCAUCGAAUCGCAAGCGAAAAUUUAAAUUUAAAUCUAAAUUUAAAUAAUCAAGGAGAAGGCGAAAAAGCCGAAGAAAAAUUAUUAAGAGUCUCCAUCUAUUGGUUUAGUAAACAAGGAAAGAAGCAAAAAGUUAAAAAACUGUUAUGUGACAGCGCCGUAAUCCCCGAAAAACAAGCGACCGUCGAAUUGAACGUCAAACCGGCUUUAAUUUCGUGGUUGGAAACUCAAAAUCUCGGAUUUGGCGUUAAAGUUGAAAAUCAAGAGGAGGUUACGUACAAAGCGAAUAAUUUUUAUAAAGGGGCCGAUUGUAAAACGAAUGCGGGUCAACAUUUUCCAUCAUUGGAUCAUCUCUUAAACAACACUUCAAAUGAAUUUCACGUAAAUACAUUAGAAAAUAUCCUUUCAAGUAUGGGACACUCACCGAUAAUUAACAUAUGUACGGUGGAAAGUAUAACGGGGGCACCUUUAAGCGAAAAAUUCGUGCGUUGCCAACUGCAUAAAACGAUACACAACCAGACGAAUCAAUGCGAAAGCAAUCAUCGAAAGGUGCAAAAUGUAAUCGGAACCGAACACCAUCAUAAAAUUCGACAUCAAAAACACAACAUCGAAAGACAUCCCGUGGAUAUCAGAAGUUAUAUGGAGAACGAAACGAUUUAUUUGACGAAAGAUGAGUUAGAUUUGUACAGCAGGGGCAAACCCAAGUAGGGAUUUGAUUGAGGUGCAACAAAGUUUUUAAAGACUGGUUUAAAAGAAUACUUAUUUUAAUUUUAUU